AUGGACUAUCAUAAAAAAAUAGACAUGCUUGCUGAACGAUAUCAUGCUAUCCGAGACGAGGCGGAGAAGGACGAAGUUGAAGUUGGACCGCAGGCAGAAAAGGUUAUGAAGGCGCUGUUCAGCAACUGGAACACUGUGUCAGGCAUGGCAAGCGAGAUACAAGCCGCGCUUGCGAAGCCGAAUGCUGAUCAAACGCCGCUAUUUCAUGAAGACAAUAACGACCCGGAACAACAACCGCUUGUGACUUCGACCAGCAACGGACACGACAAAGAUACUAGAGAAGUUGAAAGUGCGUUGUUUUCGUAUCAUUACAGAGAUUUGGUUUCGUCACCAGAAUCGGUAGCGGCAACGAAGAAGACCAGUGAAGAACCGGACGGAAAAUCUAACCGCUUCCACCCACCACUGAUGAAGCUGCGCGCCGACGAAAUUCCUUCCAGUGUUAGCGGUCGCCAGCGAGACUUGCAUGAACUUUUGCGCUUUCGUAACUGGCUGCUAGAUUCGGAACAAGAGUACUCAAGUGUAUGCAACGUCGCCAGUCUGAAGGAUAUCAGAGAAUCUCAGAAGAAGUUGCAGAAGUUUCUGUCCAUGCUUAACUCGAACAAGAUGCAGUUGCUGAUUAUUUUCGACAAAUGCAAGGAUUCUGAAAUCAGACACAAAGCUGAGCUGUUAACAAAGCAGUGGGACCGAUGCAUUACGCAGUCCGAGUCGAGGAAACACGAACUUUCGUCCAUGCUUGACGACUGUCGCGCUUGGGAGAAUCUAAAGGCGGAGUUGGAAGUUUGGCUGAACGACAGCCAAGCAAAGGCCAGUGGUACUAAGAUCAACGAAAGCCAUAUCGAAGAACUGGAGAAAGAGCUUCACCACGUUGAAAUACUUUUCGCGGAACUCGAUCUCUACAAAAAUAAGAUUACUACUUUCGGCAAGCUCUCCAACCGACUGAUUGACUGUUACGUCGACGAUGACACCUCAGAAGUGAGUCAAGUGACCUCGGACCUGAACACAAUGUGGACCAAACUGAAUGACAAGUAA